AUAUGGCGCUAGCUCUCCCUACUAGACCUGCCAACUUCGUCCAAGCUCGCCCACCCUUCGUCAAGCUAGCUACAUGCACCACCUACAUGGCGUACUUCUACCUCGCCGCCGCAGCAUGCCUCGUCGGCGUGUUCCUCAACGCGCCUCACGCCACCGACGCGCAGCCCAUGCCAUGGCAUCGCUGCAACACGAGCAGCGGCAACUACACGGCGAACAGCACGUACCAAUCCAACAUACAGUACCUGGCCACCUCCCUCCCGGCGUACGCCUCUUCCUCCCCCUCCCUCUUCGCCUCCGGCUCCUCGGGCGCACCCCCCGACGCCAUCUACGCCCUCGCGCUCUGCCGCGGCGACACCACCAACGCCUCCUCCUGCGCCACCUGCGUCGCCGCGGCCAUCCAGGCCGCCCAGAAGCACUGCGCGCUCGUCAAGACCGUCGCCAUCUACGACGACCCCUGCAUCGUCCGCUUCUCCAACCUGGUGUUCCCGGUCAGCCCUCCCUAUAACAAAGGAAUGUUCGUCGCGUGGGACGACAACAAUGUCAGCGCGGCGGCGGCGGCCGCGUUCGACGCCGCCUUCGCCCGGCUGGCGAACGCCACCGCCGAGCACGCGGCGGCGGACUCGGUCAGGCGAUUCGCCACGGGGGAGGAGGCGGCGCUCGCCGUCGCCGGCGAGGUCUAUCCCAAGAUCUACUCGCUGGCGCAGUGCACGCCGGACAUGUCGGCGGAUGCCUGCCGGAGCUGCCUCGAGGAUAUACUCGUGAGGAUGGUGCCCACGUAUUUAGCCGGGAGGAAGGGCGGGCGCGUGUUGGGCGUGCGGUGCAACUUCCGGUUCGAGACGUAUCCUUUCUUCUUCGGCCAGCCGCUGUUGCAACUCCCGGGCUCGCCGGCGUCGUCUUCUGCUCCGGUGAACGGAGAAAGAUCGAAACACAAGAGAAGUACAAUGAUCGGCAUUCUGGUGCCUGCAAUUGCUUUAUCUUCCAUCGUAGCAUGGUUUUGUUCUUGGAGGUGGAGGAGAAGACUAGCAGCAAGAACCUUAGAGCUAAUUCCAACGGAGUCUAGUACAGAUGACAUGCAAAGUAUCGGCUCGCUCAUUCUUGAUCUGUCAACACUAAGAGUUGCUACAGAUGACUUUUCUGAGCACAAAAGGCUUGGUGAAGGUGGCUUCGGUGUAGUGUACAAGGGAGACCUACCUAAAGGUCAAGAAAUAGCAGUGAAGAGGCUCGCGAAGACUUCCAAACAAGGAAUAGAAGAGCUGAAAACUGAACUACUUUUGGUUGCUAAGCUGAACCACAACAAUCUUGUCAAGCUUAUUGGCGUCUGCUUGGAAGAAAAUGAGAAGAUACUUGUAUAUGAAUAUAUGCCUAAUAGAAGCCUUGAUACCAUUCUUUUUGAUGCGCAGAAAAUCAAAGAGCUCAAUUGGGGACAGAGGUUCAAGAUCAUAAAUGGAAUAGCUAGAGGGUUGCAAUAUCUUCAUGAAGAUUCUCAACUGAAGAUAGUUCAUCGUGACCUCAAAGCAAGCAAUGUUCUGUUGGAUUCUGCUUAUAAUCCUAAGAUUUCUGAUUUUGGGUUAGCUAAGAUAUUCGAAAGGGAUCAAUCAAAAGUUAUCACCCAUCGUAUAGCUGGUACUUAUGGAUACAUGUCACCAGAGUAUGCAAUGCGUGGACAAUAUUCAAUCAAGUCAGACGUGUUUAGCUUUGGUGUCCUGGUUUUAGAGAUCAUCACAGGGAGAAGAAACUUUGGCUCCUAUGGUUCUGAUCAACAAGAUUAUGAUCUCAUAAAUGCUACAUGGGAGCACUGGACUAGCGAUAAAGCCCUCGAGUUGAUCGAUCCAUCAUUGGGAAAUCACUAUCCAGUUGACAAGGUGCUCAAGUGCAUCCAAAUUGGGCUGCUCUGUGUUCAGCCGAAACCUGCUGAUAGGCCAUUGAUGUCUGCUGUUAAUGUCAUGCUUACUGGUACAAUCCGUCUCCCUUCCUUGUCCAGACCUGCCUUUUGGUUUCAGGAGAUUGGUGCUAGCUCAGAUGUAAAUUCAGAGCAGAACCUGCUUGACCCACACAACUCAACGAAAAUGUAUCAAAGUGAAGCACCGAUCACAGAGCUUGAGCCUAGAUAAAUCUUGUAAGAUGAGUUGAAAGAAUAUCCGCUUCUUCUUUCAUACAGUUACCGAUAUUUGUACAACGGACUCUUAUUAAUCUGGCUAUCUAGGUGUUGUGUUUUCGGCUCAACAAAGUCAAGUGGAAAUUAUUAGAUGUUAAUAAUGUAUCCUGCUGUCAUCCUGUUUAAAUCAACAGGAGCAUGUUUGCAUUGUUGCACAAAGAUACUGUAGCAAAUACGACACAUGCUUGAUACACUGGUUUUUCUUUUGAAAGAAUUGAUGCACUGAUUCUUUAUGUUA